AUGGCAGCCAAGCUUUCCUCUCUCUUGUUCUUCACUGGUGGAGCUGCUGCUACUACUGUUGUUGCUGCUACUGGACUCUACUUGACAAGAAGGAAAAGCAAUGAUGAAGGGGAGGAAGAAGAAGAAGAAGAAUGCAUAUACUUGGACUACAAUGGAACGACUCCCAUUUACAAGGAAGUUUUGGAGGCCAUGAUGCCGUACUUGACGACACACUUUGGGAAUCCUUCCAGUUCUCACAAAUUUGGACAAGCCCCACGAAAUGCCAUUGAAUUGGCUAGAACGCAAAUCUUGCAACUCCUUGGUUCUACGGAACCAUCCAAUUCGAUUUGGUUUACGGGAUGCGGCACCGAAUCGGACAAUCUAGCCAUUCAGCUGGCCCUGCAAUCUUCGUCACAUACCAAAAACAAGCAUAUUGUGUCUUCGAAUGUCGAACAUCCAGCCGUGGAUCUCUACUUGAAAUAUUUAGAAAAGGAGGGGAUUGCUUCCGUGACCUACGUUCCAGUGGCAAACGACGGUAGGGUGAAUCCACAAGAUAUGGUGGACGCCUUGCAAGAAAAUACCAUUCUGGUAACGCUCAUGUUGGCCAACAACGAGUCGGGAGCCUUGCAACCGGUCAAGGCCGUGGCUCAAGAAUGUCGGAAACGGGGGAUUCUCAUGCAUACCGAUGCGGCACAAGCGGCGGGCAAGGUCUCGUGCGAGCUGGCAGAUUUAGGAUUUCCUGACAUGAUUACGAUUGUGGGUCAUAAACUUGGAGCUCCAAAAGGAAUCGCAGCAUUAUAUGUCCGACCAGGUUGCUUGGAAGAACACAAGAGAACCAUCCGUCACAUUGAUCAUGGGAUAAUGCUCAUCGGUGGAGGUCAAGAAUUUGGUCGACGGGGAGGGACGGAGAAUACUCCCUACAUGGUCGGAUUGGGAUUUGCGUCGCAACACGCACACCAACACCUAGCACACAAUGCAGCGCACAUGGAAGCGAUGCGAAGCCGACUCUUGCGCAACUUGACGGAACGAUUGGGAACCGGCGAUCGAUUGUUGGUGAAUGGACCCAAAAAUGCUCAUUGGAGACUCCCCAAUACUCUGAGCAUUGGCUUUAAGAAUGUGCAUUCGGGAAUUUUGCUAGCCGGGAUUGGGAAUUUGGUGGCGGCCAGUGCCGGAGCUGCCUGUCAUUCCAGUGGUGGUGGAGUGUCUUCGAUUCUCACCGCCAUGCAAAUUCCAAUGGAAUACGCACAGGGAACCUUGCGUCUAAGUUUGGGACCCAACACUCGAGCCAGCGAGAUUGACAAGGCCUCCAGGAUUAUUGCGGAUGCUGUGGAACAACAAUGGAAUAGUAUCCUCCUGGUACAAACGGGUGGGGUAUUUAUUUUAUAUUUUUAA